AAGAAGCUUAAUUACAAAAUAUACCUUAACAUAAUGAAUUUUCCUGAUGCUGCUUCUAUCACUGCUUUUCCGGCGUCGAACUUAUAUGCACUAAUACAUUCUUUGGUUUUUUACUCCGGCCGCCACGGGGGAUGGCCGGAAAAAGAGCAGCCACCAACCCGGGGAAGAGAACGGUUGUCAAACUCCGGCGGUGGGCCGCCGCUUGAAGGGCGCCUGCGGAAGUUCGCUGUGGGCAGGACGAACCUUACUGUGAGGCUUGCUGGAAUUCAUCUGAAAGACAUGGACCUGGAGAGUGUCAAAGACAUCAAGGUUCGUAGAGCUUCGGAACGAACUGCAAUCGAAGUAUGCAAGAUCAAAGGAUUAUUGGAUAUCUCGGGUAUUCAAGUUUACAGUAUCAAUGGCAAGGAAAUACUACACUUGGACCCUGAAAAAAAGAAAGAACACUAUAGAGAUCCAAAUUGUAAAGCAUGCAAGAGGAAAUUAAUGGAUUCAAAGUAUUGCUUUUGCUCCAUUGCCUGCAAGUAUUAUCAUUUACUUGACGACCCUCAAACGAUAGAGACAAGUGCGGAUGAGAUUUACUUUAGAAAUAAUAGUUCAGAGACAACGAUAGAGGCAAGAGCAGAUGAGAUUUACUUGAUAAAUAAUAAUUCAGAGACAAUGACAGAGGCAAGAUCAGAUGAGAUUUACUUGAGAAAUAAUACUGUAAUUUCAGAGGCAAGGUCCAUGCGCAAAAGGAGCCGGAAAAGAAUUCCCACAAGGGCACCAUUU